UGCGCCAACCCCUCCGCCCCCCUCCCACGCCUCACACGGCGGGCUCCACCGCAUCGCCCCCGCCGAAAACCACCGCUUCCGUACACUCCCCGCCACCGCCACCGUCUUCUCCGCCACCCUCCCGCGACUCUCUCUCUCUCUCUAAAUCCACCGCCUCGAGCUUCGAGCUUUCUCUCUCUACACACUCCCGUCAUCAUCAUUCACUCCUCCUGCGCACGCAGCCGACUUUUGAGCUUCCCCCCGAUGAACCACCUCCGCUCCCCGACCGCCCCUCCGCCGCCGGCCGCCGCCCUCCUCUGCCCCGCGCGCCCCUUCCGAGCCCGCGAGUUCCGCGUCUACAAGCGUCGCCGGCUCAAGCCAGCCGACCGCCGCCACCUGCCCCUCAGGGCCCAGCUCGAUGAUUUCCAUCUCCCCUUCGACGACCUCCUCCGCGGCCUCGUCUCCCGGUUCUCUCCCGACGUCCUCCUCCCUGGCACCUUCUUCGGCCUCGCCUCCGGCGCCGCCUUCUCCCUCGGUCGGCGGAAGGCCGGGCGGGGCCGGCGCUGCCCCGACGUCGGCGAGUGGAUUCUCUUCUCCAGCCCGACGCCGUUCAACCGCUUCGUGCUGCUGAGGUGCCCGUCGAUAUCGUUCGAGGGGAGCGAGCUGCUGGAGGACGUGAACGAGAAGCUGGUGAAGGAGGAUCGGCAUUUCGUGAGGCUCGAUAGCGGGAGGAUGCAGGUGAGGGAAGGUGACGGCGAGCUGGAGGAGAAAUUGGAGUAUCAGAGAGUCUGCGUCGGGACGGCGGACGGCGGUGUGAUUUCGAUCGAUUGGCCGGCGAAUUUGGACUUGAGGGAAGAGCACGGGUUGGAUUCAACGCUGUUGCUGGUCCCGGGGACGGCGGAGGGGAGUAUGGAUGAGAAUGUGAGGGCGUUUGUUUGUGAGGCGCUGCGGCAUGGGUUUUUUCCGGUUGUGAUGAACCCGAGGGGAUGCGCUGGUUCGCCCCUUACGACGGCGAGGUUAUUCACAGCUGCUGACAGCGAUGAUAUCUCCACAGCUGUUCAGUUUAUCGGUAAGGCGAGGCCUUGGACGACAUUGAUGGGGGUUGGGUGGGGUUUCGGGGCAAAUAUGCUGACAAAGUACCUCGCUGAGGCUGGGGAGAGGACACCUCUGGCAGCGGCAAUAUGCAUAAACAACCCUUUUGAUUUGGAGGAAGUGACAAGGUCCUCUGCACGUCACAAUGGCACAGAUGAGAAUCUCACCAGUGGACUAGUAGAUAUUCUACGUAGCAAUAAGGAGCUCUUCCAAGGGAGAGCAAAAGGAUUUGAUGUGGAAAAGGCUUUGGUAGCAAAAUCUGUGCUAGAAUUUGAGAAAGCAAUAUCUAUGGUAUUUUAUGGAUUUGAAGCAAUAGAAGAUUUUUACUCAAAGUCAAGCACACGAGACUCAGUGGGAAGCAUGAAGAUUCCCGUUCUCUUUAUACAGAAUGAUGAUGGAACAGUGCCCCUCUACUCCGUUCCACGCAGUAAGAUAGCAGAAAAUCCUUACACAAGCUUAUUAGUGUGUUCUUGUCUGCCAUCUGGCAUUGCUGCUGACAGCAGAUCUGCUCUAUCUUGGUGCCGGCAUCUCACAAUCCAGUGGCUUGCAGCAGUGGAACUCGGGCUUCUGAAGGGUCGUCAUCCUCUCUUGACAGAUAUAGAUGUGACAAUAAACCCUGCAAAAGGCUUACCUGUUGUGGAAGGGAAAACAUCCAACAAGGGUGACAGGGUUAGUAAGUUCUUAGAAUUUACCGGGAUAAAUGGUUCAAAUGGAUAUACAACUGAUCCUAGAGAUAAGAUGCUUGAAGAUGGUGACGCUGCCGCUGGCAAUUUCCGAUCUAGGCAGAGCCCCAGAAGAGAGUUAGAUGGUGCUAUGCCGCAGAGCAGCUCUCUUGAUGAAGAGCUGGUCAAGGAGGAAGAUUCUUCAACAGUUAUGGAAAGAGGACAGGUGCUACAGUCAGCACAAGUUGUUAUGAAUAUGCUUGAUGCUGCUAUGCCUGGUACCCUGACAGAAGAUAAGAAGAAUAAGGUCCUUACUGCUGUCAGUCAGGGGGAGACUCUUGUGAACGCUUUGCAGGAUGCCGUGCCAGAAGAUGUUCGGGAAAAGCUCACAACUGCUGUAUCUGGAAUUUUGCAUACUCAAGGUUCUAACUUGAAACUGCAUGGGAUCCUUGACAUUGGUAGCAUUCCCAGUUUUUCAUCUGGCUUGAAGUCCGAGAUUCGAGAAAAUGAGACCGGAAUCUCAAUUAAAGAUGGUCUACAUAAGCAUACCUAUUCUUCAGAUCAGAUGCAGAAAAGUGAUAACUUGGGCUCGCGAAAUGCUUCUGAUGACAAUCAGCUGGAAAAAGAAAAGCCUGCUACCUUAGAAGCGGAGCAUCACUCUAUAGAUAAAUCAGCAAGCUUUAACGAAGAUGGUAUCCAGAAAGAUGCCAGUGACUUAGGUGAUAAUCAUGAUACUGCUGAAUCUUCCAAAGUAAAACCUGUUAGACCUGAAGGGGCGGAUGGGCCUGAGAAAGAACCAUCUGACAAUCCUAAAAUAGAUGACAAGAAUAAGGUUGCUGAUUUGGCAACAAAUGAGGAGUUUAACAGCCAGAAGAAUGAAGAGAAAAGUGGGGACUCUUUAGCUGAACCAAGAAGGAUGACAUCAGCGAAUGAGGCGGAAGAAUUUCAAUCACCCUCUGGAUCCACUUCUGAGAUGCAACAAGUGGAAAAUGGUGAUAGUGAUCCUCAGAGAAGAGAAAAUAAGAGCUCGCAGCCUGUUUUGGAACAGAAUAAGUCCAGCAUCACCGAUUCCAUUUCCCCCACUUUCUCAGUUUCAGAAGCAUUAGAUGCUUUAACAGGGAUGGAUGAUUCCACCCAAGUGGCUGUCAACAGCGUUUUUGGUGUUUUGGAGGAAAUGAUUACUCAGUUCGAAGAAAGUUCAGAUCGGGAAAAUGAAGAGAACGACAAGGCCGGGGAUGGUGAACUCGAUUCUUUGUCCCCGAAACAUGAUCAAGUCCAUGAGAAGGCAACUGAAGAGCAAAAUGUAGAUGCAUACAAUCGCAAAGAGAAGAUUACAGAUGGACAAAAUAAUGGAAAAGAUGAAUUUGAGGCUGAGAAGCCAGCUCAAGUUUUUGUAGAUGGUAACCGGUUUUCUGAAGGAGAGGAUAUAUCUAAUAACAUCGAUAAGCAUAAAAUUGGAAAAAAGGGUCAAGGUCAAUUAAUCAACAGAAAACUUGUAGAUAGUAGCCCUGAUGGGCUUAGACGUGUAAAUAAUAUCCCCUUGUACAUAAGAGCUAAUGCAUACAGAGAUUUUCUUCGUGAUGCAUAUUUUCACAGCUAUCUUCUUUCUAAGUACCCAACUAAGUCACUUGAUAAGGAUGCAACUACGACCCUAUUACUUGACUAUAUCCCAGAAGAAGGGCGAUGGAAGCUCUUGGAACAACCAGGAAGCAAUGGAGAUUAUACUGUUUUACUCACUAAGAAGAGAGAUCUUGAUAGGGACAGCGAACUCCUUUAUUCAGGAGAAGAAAAGGGAACAAUCGAACCCUCCUACACGAUAGUCGACACUGAAAAGUUACAGAAUCCAAUUCAAGAAUACGAAAUGAUUGAUAGGAUGGAUAAGAAGGCUGGUACUGAUGAUAGUAGAUCAACUGAGCUAUUGCAUUUUGUUAGAAAGAUUAUCCUUGAUUGUUUGAAGGUUGAAGUUGAUCGCAAGCGCAAUUUAGAAGAUAUGGAGGAAUUGGAAUCUAGUCUUGCCAGAGAUUUUGAUCAUGUUGCUAAUGCUGUGUGUCUAGUUGUUGACCAUGACAAGGAGCACACUUUAGACUUCGAUACAAAAAAAUAUAGCACUGGUCAAGGUUCACAGAAGUUGGGCAUCCUUCAAGGAGAGCAUAUAAUUACUGCAAUAUCAUCAGCCGUCCAGGAAACAAAUUAUUUGAGAAGAGUACUUCCAGUUGGUGUUAUCAUAGGCUCUUGCCUGGCAGCUUUAAGAAAGUCUUUUGAUGUGGCAACAACACAGGAUAACGUUGAAAUGGACACUGACCUUAGUCAAGCUCAAAAAUUUGGGGAUGUUACUCGUGGUUAUUUUGAUGAAAAAGAUGUAAUUCAAUCACAAAAUUUUGCAGGGAGCAAUAGUAGCGAGCCCAGCGAUUCUCGAAUUGACGAAUCAUCCAUUAAGCAAUCUGAUCAAGAUACUACGAGUCCUUCACCAUGCACAGAAGAGAGAAAUAAUGAUGGGAAGAAUGGAAACAAUGGCAAAGCUAUGGCCGGCAUGGUUGCUGCUGCUGCUGCUCUGGGAACAUCUGCUUUGUUGGUGCAACAACAGAAAUUAGACAAUGGCGACAGCAUUGGAGAUGAAGGAGCUCAGAAAAAGGAACUUGACAAACUUGAUGAUGCAUCAUCAGGAAAAGACGAGAAUAACAUAGUCACAAGCCUUGCGGAAAAAGCCAUGUCUGUGGCUGGUCCUGUAGUUCCUACAAAAGAAGAUGGUGAAGUUGAUCAAGAAAGGCUGGUAGCUAUGCUGGCGGAUUUGGGUCAGAGGGGUGGAAUGCUGAAGCUGGUUGGUAAAAUUGCCUUGCUUUGGGGUGGCUUACGUGGUGCUAUGAGUUUGACUGAUAAACUCAUAUCAUUGCUGCGCAUAGCAGAAAGACCACUAUUUCAGAGGAUUGUGGGUUUCGUUGCCAUGGUUCUUGUUCUCUGGUCGCCUGUUGUUGUUCCACUAUUUCCAAAACUUGUGCAGAGCUGGAUGUCGCAUAGCUCCUCCGGAAUUGCUGAUUUUGCUUGCAUUUUUGGUCUUUACAUUGCUGUUACGAUACUUGUUAUGUUAUGGGGCAAGAGGAUCCGUGGGUAUGAAUAUCCCCUUAAGCAAUAUGGGCUGGAUUUGAUGUCGAUGCAGAAGAUCCAAGCUGUUUUGAGGGGUUUGGUUGGGGGAAUUUUGCUUGUUUUGUCCAUACAGUAUGUUAAUUCGUUAUUAGGCUGCGUGAGUUUUUCUUGGCCUCCAAGUCUUCAUUCAUCGUCUUUAGAUGCCAUGACAAGGCUCAAGUCUUAUGGGCAAAUGCUCAUCUUGGUCGGUCGAGGUGCUGUUACAGCAACUUCUGUUGCCCUUGUGGAAGAGUUGCUUUUCAGAUCAUGGUUAACUCAAGAAAUUGCUGCUGAUCUUGGAUAUCAUCAGGGAAUUAUUUUUUCAGGGCUUGCAUUCUCCCUGUUCCAGAGGUCUCCAUGGGCGAUACCGGGGCUAUGGCUCUUAUCACUAAGCUUGGCUGGGCUUCGGCAUAUCGGUGAAGGUUGCCUCGCCAUUCCGAUUGGGCUCCGAGCAGGGAUGUUAGUCUUGAGUUACACUAUCCAAUCAGGUGGCUUUUUGAUCCACAACCCCAACUUCCCUCUUUGGAUAACGGGGACUCCUUUCCAACCAUUUAGCGGGAUAGUUGGCCUUACGUUCUCUUUGGUGUUGGCACUCAUGCUCUAUCCAAGAGAAGCCAUCAUGAAAAAGAAACUUACAAGAGCUAUACGGGAACUACAUGACUAGUGGAUUGAUGCACAAAAUAUGGAGGGCAUAAUAAAACUUUGCAUUCUGGGUUAGACGCGUUGAUAAUUAUGGGAGUUUCGCUAUUAGCCUCGGCCGGUUUUUUCUUUUUUCUUUUACUCGUGAAGGUUUAGAUAGAUUGAAAUAGAAUGCGUCAGAACAGAAGUAGAAAGCAAUUUUGACAGAGUGUGUUGUGUCGAUGCGUGUAUAAAUACCGGAAUAACAUGAAACUGUACAGUAUGAGCUCUCUCCACGUCCUGUUCUUUUUGUAUUGAUUGUCCUCUCUAUACAACGGAUGUGUACAGCUGACUGGACCAAACAGUCAAGUCCGAUGUACAAGUUUUCCUUCUGAUUCUGUUGAA